AUGGAUCUCCGACCCAUGUACACGUCGGCGGCGGGCAUCGACCUGGACGUCUCGGCCACACAGGUCAAGAUCGAGUCCAAGGCGUAUGCGCCGCUGUGCAUCGAUCUGCCGUUUCCGGUCGUGGAAGCCAAGGGCGUGGCUAAGUUCGACAAGGCGACCAAGAAGCUCAUCGUGACGCUACCGGUCGUCCCCGAGGCACCUCGGCCCACGGCACCGACGCCACGUGUCGAGUCGACAAGCGAGGAUGCGCCUAUCGACGACGGCAGUGCCGACGCACAGACAACCGAGACGGUCCAGCAAGACCAUGUGAUCGCCGUGUCGCCACCAGCAACGGUGACGACGCCAAAGCUUCCGCCCACCGAUGAAUUUGCCCCGUACCGCGAAUUUGCGGCCAUGGCCCUCCACGACAAGCCUCGGACCACGUACAAGACGCCCAAGGUGACGGAGCAAGAGACCGAGUCGCACAUCUCGUACCUUGUGCACGUACCCGGUAUCGAAGCGGCGACCGUCUCGAUCCUCGAAGAAGCCAACGUUGCGCGCCUUCAGUUCCGCACCGCGGAGGGUCUCUGGUUUGAAUGGUCCUUCUCCGUCGCCAAUGUUGCCGAGUGGACGCAUGAUAUUGCGACGACCAACAUGGCCGUCGUAUGCACCAAGGUCGGCGCCCUCAAAACGCCGCCGUUCCGAAUCUCAACGAGCGACGACGGAACAUCGAUGUCUCUUCUCGUCGACGUGCCGUCGGUCGAUCCGUCGACCGUUCAGACAGAGUUUACUUCGUCGCGCAUGACGCUUCGGUUCCGCACGCUGCGCGAGGCGCAGUCGUACUGCUUGACCAAGGACUUUGACGACACGCAUCUGGAGCCUGCGAAGUGCAGCGUCGCGUCGGUGGCCGAUGACAAUGUCCUCGUCGUUCUGAGUGUUUGCAAGGCUGAGACGCCUGUCCAAGCCGCGGAAGCAGUGGCUGCGACGAUGGCGCCGGCGACCAAGGCGGCGCUCAUCAGUCGCUUCACCAACGACGUCAUGUACGAGCUCGACUAG